GUCUCAUCCAAAUCUCUGUGUUCUGCCCUUUCUCCCUCUGCACCUCAAUCUAAAAAAUGAAAGAUGAUCGAUGAGUGUCGAGUUGUCGCUUUGACAAAACUGUGAAUAUUAAAAAUGGUGAAUUGAAGGGAGAGGCUUCCUCCUACCGCUACUGUUGGUCGAUUUGUCUGCAGGUUUUUGGUGUGGUUUUUUUCUAUUGUCUUCUCAACUCACCUUCUGCGUGGCUUCCCACCCCAUGCCCGCUUACUCCUUUUGGUCCUACUGCUAAUCCUACCACUUAUAAUUUUCCACCGACAAGCGUCUCCUUUUAAAUUUGCACAAGGCCUCUACUCCGAGACCAAAAUUGACCCUAAAAUCUUCAUACCCACUUACUGUUUCCCCUGUUCUCCUCUUGCUAGACUUGCUGUUUGUUAUGGCUUUCUUCACCAAGUUGUUCAGGAUGAGAAUUUUGAGACGGAGACCCAGCAAAUACCAAGUUGCAGUCGUCUUUGAUCAGAAGGAAGAUGUUGAUGAUGGUUCUUCAGUGAAGAAAUACAAUUGGGAUGACAUAGAGACAUUCACUGAUAAUUUUUCGGUGGUGAUUGGAUCAGGAGGGUUUAGUAACGUCUACCUGGCUAGUUUGCCAGGCUACUCUCACCCUCACGGGGCUGUCAAGAUUCUCAAUCAGGUCUUCAACCAAGAGCUUGAUAUCCUUCUCCGCCUUUGCCAUGAAAAUAUUGUCAAGCUUUUUGGCUACUGUAACAAUGGAGAUGAAGGAGCUUUGGUGUUUGAAUAUGUGCUCAAUGGGAGCUUGCAUGGGAAGCUCCAUGGAGGGAGCGAAAAAAUGGAGCCAGUGCUUCCAUGGAGGAACCGUAUGGCUAUAGCUUUCCAGCUUGCGAAAGCGAUUGAGUAUCUACACGAGAAAUGCACUUUUCACAUUGUCCAUGGUGACAUUAAAUCUUCAAACAUCCUUCUGGACGAGUAUUUCAACUGCAAGCUCUGUGAUUUCGGGUCUGCAAAGAUGGGGUUUUCCUCGGUCGUGCUGCCACCGUCACGGGCAAAGCAAGUGAUGAUGGGUUCUCCAGGCUACACCGACCCUCACUACUUGAGAACUGGAAUAGCCUCAAAGAAGAAUGAUAUUUACAGCUAUGGAGUUAUCCUUUUGGAACUUGUCACGGGUAUAGAGCCAUUUUGCCCUGAAAGAGGUCAACUGUUGACAUCCAUUGCCGCCGCCGUCCUGAAAGAUGUUGCUGAAUGUGCAGCCACGAAAGUAGAAGAAAUUGUGGAUCAACGGUUGGCUGGGGAGUUUGACUUGGAAGAGGCAAGGGCCAUGCUCACAAUCUCGGCACUUUGCCUUCAACAGGCUCCAAUUCACAGGCCUUCUGCCACUCAAAUCUUGCAUACCAUCGAGGACAAAGUCUCUUCCAUCUCCUUCUCUUUACUGAGGAUGUCGUUCACUUGUGUACUGAUUCCGGCGGCAGCCCCACCGAAGGUUUUUUUGGAUAAACAUACCAAUUUCUUAGCUUCAAAUAUCUGUCGCUAUAGUGAUACUACUACUGAUUAUAAUGUUAAAAGUUCAGAUAUACCAGUCAUGAGUUUCUCUCGUAGCAUCUCCGAUGCUGCGUAUUUGAGGAAUGGCAAGUGUAAUUUCCGUACACGACGGCGUUUUUGCUGCAAAUCUGAAUUGGGUGUGGGUGUAGCAGAGCUAGCUCCUGCCACCUCAGCCACAUAUGGGAUCCUGCUUCUGGGGGGCGGUCUUUUUGCCUUUGCGAAAUCAGGAAGUAAGGGUUCUCUCUUUGGAGGACUAACGGGGGCUGCUCUUAUGGCAUCAGCUUAUUUUCUUAUGCAAUCACCAGAGACAAAAGCUAUAGGUGAUGCCCUUGGGUUUGGAUCUGCCUUCCUCUUCGCUUCUGUCUUUGGUAUACGAUUGGCAGCUACUCGAAAAUUAAUUCCUGCUGGAGCUUUGCUUGGUCUUUCCAUCUCUUCAUUGGCUGUGUUUAUCAUUGCAUAUAUGCAAGAUAGGAUAUGACUGCCCUCUAGAUUUUGUGAAAGUAUUGCUACGAAAUUUGGUGACUGGUUUAUUUGAUAUCACUAUAUUACUGGAAUGAAAAACUGAGCUUCUCGCGUUCCUUCAUCACUUGCCUCUUCAAGUAUUGAGUUGGUUGGGCAAUUUGCCAGAAGUCUUUCAGAGAAUUGCAGGCAGAUCGGAUUGAAUUAGAUUGAUAUAAAGUAAUUCAUGUGUAGGGAAGGAAAAGAGUUUCAUAUGGUGCUGUCACUUGUGAUGAAUAUACACCAUUGUUAGGGCUUCUAAAAGAACUAGUAGUGGGACUUUCUUUCGGACAAUCCAAUUGCAGAGAGUAGUUUCUACUCAACAAACGAGUGCAUCAAAUAUUCAUGAAUGUUUGUUUAA